CUCGAAUAAUUUCCACCCAACUGGUGGAUACAAGUCAGCAGCUGGCUUUCUAUGUUCUUAUCGAUUUGAACCCAUUCUUCAAAAUUGAUUUCAUGUUUCCAUGUGAUUUCAGCUCCGCUUCCGUUUUGGGAAAGCCGCCUCAGCCUCGAAAUCCUGCAUCAUAAUCUCUCUGCCUCCCAGAUCAUGCCUCAUCUCGACAUCCAUAUUCACACCGCUUGAACCCAAACGCGACGAGGUGAUGUGCUCGGCAUGCGCUAUUGAGAUCCUCGAGGUAACUUUGCAGUGCUGAGUCACAAGAUGUUCAGCAGAAAGCGAAAGCGUGCAGAGGGCACGGCUGAGCGCGAUGGAAGCAGUCGAGCUAUCAAUGAAUCAGAAAUCCCACUCAGAUCAACUGGAAAUGCAGAGAUGUGUGACCAUAAGAAUCUCUCACGACUUUUUGUGGCAGUACAUGGACUCGGGGGGGAUUGGGAAGACACUUGGACGGAUGGCAGUUCCGGAAAACUAUGGCUGAGAGACUUUCUACCGAAACAAUACCCAAAUGCGAGGGUUAUGUCAUUUGGCUACGAUGCGAGUCAUGCUCUUAGCACAUCUGUUGCAGACAUCAACGAUGCCGCGAUAUCCCUAAUUGACAGUCUAAAUGGUGAAAGACAAGAACCAUCGUCGAGGCGGAGGCCCAUCGUAUUCGUUGCUCAUAGUCUUGGUGGGAUUGUCGUGAAGAAAGCUCUUAUUCUUGCUAAUGAACGAUCUGAUCAUUGGAAAAAUAUCAAAGAAAGUGCAGCAUGCGCCAUUUUCUUCGCAGUCCCACAUCGGGGGGCUGACACCGCUUACUGGGCAAACCUUGCAACAUCCGCGCUUACUUUCGCAAGUCUUGGAGCUCGUGGAAAUUCAAACUUCGUGGCCGCCUUGCAGCGCAACUCUCCUGAGCUCUCGUCUAUAUCUCAAGCCUUCGUCCAGCCAGCCGCAAAUCUCUCUAUCAUCAGGACGUUUUACGAGACCGUAAAGAUAGGCAAUCAAUUGAUCGUUGAUAGAGACUCUGCGAGCUUUCGAAUAAAUAACGAAGUGGCGGUGCCUAUUCAAGGUGCCGACCAUCGAAAUAUUUGCAAAUUUGGAUCCUCUGAUAGCCAAAAGUAUAGGCCGGUGUAUAACGCUUUGCAACUGAUAGUUGACAUGCUUAAAACUCCAAUUAAUUCUUUGAUACUGAAAGAAGUGCAGCUUCAAAGUCAAGAUGCGAGGCCUCAAUGGCAAGAAAAGGUCAUUGGUAAUCACGAUACUGACCAGGAUAUCGAUUGGGUGUUACAAAUGUCGGGCGCAAGAUCUUGGGCUGUGGGGGCUCCUCAGAAGCAGUUCCUAUAUAUCGAGUAUCAUCACUCUCUGGAAUGGGAGUUCUCUUUGGCCAGAGCCUUCCAGAAGAAGAUGGAGAUAGGGUCAAGUGGAGGUGAUAUGGUUUUUUUUCUUUCCAGAGAAACAUUCAAGGACGGCGAUCUCCAUCGACAUCUUGCUCAGUCCCUACUCAGUCAAAUUCUUGUAGUUCGCCCAGAACUUAUUGCCCGAUUGGAUUAUCUCCAGGAAGAAAUACAGGGAAAUCCGGUUGACGAAUGGCAAGAGAAGCAAUGGUCUUAUGAUCGCCGAAUCAUUUCCUGGAAGGGUUCAAUCUACUCGCCCCGUGCACCAUGGCAAUAUCUUUAG